AUGAACUUGCAACUUCUGGUUUGGAACAAUAUGAAGAGCCAGAGAAAGAGGCCUUGCAAUACCAUGGUGGCCACAAAGUUAAAUUUGAUGGAGCUACCCAUGGAAAUCCUAUUCGACAUCCUGAAGAGAGUGCCUGCAAAGUCAGUGUGUCACAUCCGAUGCGUCUGUAAGAUCUUGCUAAGCAUAGUCGACUCCCCCUCUUUUGUUACGCUGCACUCGCAUUUUCUACUUAAUCCUGAUUCUCAUGUGCCACCUGCUCCCCCUCAACUUAUCCUGCGUUAUCUCCAGCCAUUAUAUUGUUGCCCUACUUCUAACCAAAUACCGACCUUGCAUUCCCUUCAUUACGACCAUUCCAAUGCCCAAGGUGCUCAACUUAAUGCAAGAGAUAUUUUGCAGUCAUCCAAUCCCUCCAAGUACAGUCUAUAUUUUGUUUUCUGCAACUUGUUUUGCAUCAAAAAUCGACGCGAUCAUGCACUCAGCUUCUUGAUCAAUCCUCUUCAGGGAGAAGUUCUAAGGCUCCCACCCAGUCAGAAAGUUUGUGGUCCAUAUUCCACAGUGGAUUUUGUUUGGACUGGCAUGGGAUUUGAUAGUAUAACCAAUACCUACAAGAUUCUUCGUGUUACAGAGAUUCUCAUUUCAAAAUAUCCUACGACAGUGGAGGUCUGCUUUGUAUCCCAAGUGCUUGUACUCGGCACAAGCGAAUGGCGGCAGAUACCCUCAACUCCACCUGUUCAGGGUUUAUUACAUUGCUCCCAGAAUAUAUGUGCAUAUGGAGAUACGCAUUGGUUUGUUAAUUAUACAAGAGAGGGAAUUCAAGGAAAAAUCCAUAUACUUUCUUUUGACUUCAAGAAAGAAGAGUUCUUUUGGAUUCCCAAUCCCUACAUAUUACCAGAUCCGACCUGGCAAUUACACUUGAUUAAUUUUAGAGGAUCUAUGGCCAUCGUGGAUGCUUCAUCAGGUAUGAAUAUUGAGAUAUGGGUGAUGAAAGAUUACAAUAAAAAACAGUGGAUGCUCGAUUAUUCCAUCAAUAUCCACAUGCUUGAAUUAGAUCCUCAAUUUGAGUUUAUUGGAGCUGUUUGUUGUGAAUGGGAGCAUGGCAUACUUUUCAUAGAUGAACCGGCCACAAUAACAUUGUUUUUGGAUCUAAGACAACCUGUUGUUACCAGGAAUCUUUUCAAACGUCCAAAUAAGGAUUGUGAUUUGGUGUCUGAGCGAAUCAUGAGUCUUAAUGGGAGCUUGUUUUCCCUAAAAAAUUAUGCAAAUUUGGUCCAAGCAGAAGAACCGGCUACUUAUAGCAAUUGGACUGAAGGAGAAGCAAGCGGGAAUAAUUUCUUCUAUCUGAAGUACAGAGGCUUUAGGUUUUGA